AUGAAUCAAUAGAGAUCCAAAGAAUAUCCUCUUAGGUUCAAGAAAGAUACUCAAAAAAUUGAUCUGCUUAAAAUUGGAAUCGUUUAAAAUUUAGAGUAUUUGCAAGAAAAAAAGCAUAAUACUAUUUAUUCCAUUGAGAGUGUAAAUUCUUUUUGGGAACCAGCAGUUCUUUCUCAUUUGGCCAGAAUUGAAUUAGAAAAGUUCAUUUAGAAUAAUAUCACUUUAUAUAGAUAUCUAGAAAAUAGUAGAUCAUAUGCUUAAUCAGAGGGAAUCGAUAACGACCUUAGUAAUUAAUAAAUAUGCUCAGAAUUACUGAUAUAUUACUGUCUGUAUAAGAUGAUUGAAUCUUAAUUACCAAAAGGCAGCCGACCUUUGAGAUCACAUCUUUUGUAAAACCCUAUGAACAAAUUAUUAAACAUUCCAAUUAGCUAUAGGCUCAAAAACUGA